AUGGUCCAUACCCCUACCCCAACCGACCGUCUUCUCACCUACGAAUACAUCAUCUUCGAUGUCUACGGCACCCUCGUCGACUGGGAAUCGCCCAUCUACAAUUCACUCAACGGCUUCUUUGAGGACCGGUCACUUGACGCUGUCCUCACAGCCUACCAGUCCGCCGAGACAGAUCUGGCAGCAGCCAACCCCAACAUGCGCUACCCCGAGAUCCUCACCGAGGUCUACCGGCGCCUAUCGCAGCACAACACGGGGCCACCCCCUGACACACAGAGCGACGAUCAGCCCCGCACCGACCCCGCCGAGCGCUUCGGCAACUCCGUGGGGGACUGGGAGCCCUUCCCGGACACCCUCGAGGGCCUCAAGAUCCUCAGGCAGCGGUACCAUCUCGUCGCCCUGAGCAACGUCGACAACGAUUCCUUCGCGCGCACCAUCGACAAGUUGCAGAAACCCUUUGACCUCGUCGUCACCGCCCAGGAGCAGGGCGUGUACAAGCCAGACCCGGAGGCACUCAAUGGCGCCAUGCGCAGGAUAGUGGACGAGCUCAAAUCGAAAGUUCUCGUCGUUGCCGGCAGCUAUACCCACGAUAUCCAGCCUGCACAAGCCCACAAACGCGACGGCAUGGGUACUGUCUGGAUUGACCGCAAGGAUGCAGUUAUUGGUCAACCGGAUGAAACCCUCCGAAGACAGGAGAACCCGCCGUGGGACUGGACUUACACCACGCUGGGCGAGUUGGCGAAGGUGGUCGAGGCGAAGAAGCCAAUCAGAAGCGUGUAG